GUCUGGCAGCCGUUCUAGACCAUUCAUGACUUUCGCAGGUGAUGAAGUAGUCGCUCCCAGGAUAGUGUAGGAAGUCGGAUGAAAACGGAAGCGGAACUAUUAAAUACUUCUUGACUCUAGAAGAAUAGACGAGCCGUUAAGAUACACAAUCACAAAAAUGUCGUCGUUCUUGCACCUGCGACGGCCGCUCUGUCGGGGAUAUGGGAGGCAACUUAUUCUAGGGAGCAGGCCUGCUGGUCGGUACGUCACAACCAGCACAAGUGCGGCUUCCCGAGUGGCUCCGAUUCUUAACGAGAUGCAAGGAGGAUCUAGCGCAUCUUCAUCAUCGUCAAGAAAAACGGAUAUUCCUGCAAGCGCGGCUUUGUCUUCAGCAGGAGGUGGGACGAAAGCGGCCAAUGUCGAGAUCGGAGAAGCAUCGGGACCAUCAAGUAAACUUGAUGGUCAGUCAAUAACUACGGCAGCAGAAGGAGCGUCAGCGGCACAGGAAAGUCCGCCUACUUCGACAGUUAAUGCAUCCCCGAGUACGCCAUCUGCGUCAUCAUCGUCCAGUACCGCCGCAACCGAUCCCAGCAGUAGCACAGCAGGAGGAACAGCUACGAAUGGGGCGAGUGGGGAGCAGGCGGCUUCCAGCUCGACAACUUCAUCGACUGAGGAGCCAAGCAAAUACGAUAGUUGGUUUUUCCUGUCGAAAGCAAUGGGGACGGUCCUAAGCGGAUUUCUGCUUUAUUAAGGCACAAAUUAGUAUUUGAUUCUGCUUCUCCUCUGCUCUUCGUGAUGAAACUUCAUCUCAAUCACAUAUGAACAGACCAUCCGCAUAAAUAGAUUCCCCUCUCUAUUCCCGUCUCUAAUUCCUUUACCUCUACAAAGCAGAUUGGUCAAUAAAGCGGGCGGAGGUGCUUUUUAUCAACUGGUUGAGGACGUGGCCACUCUAUCCACCCCCGUCGCCAUCAGUCGCGCACUUGAACGCAAAUAUGGUAGAGUCGCCACGGCUGCAGCAGGAAACCCAAGCUGCGCUGCAGGCAUGGUUCCUCAAGAAGGACAAUUCGCUAGCAAAAGGUAACCGUGUAGAUUUAUUUCCCUUUCCAAAAGAUGGAAGUAUUCUAACGACUUUUGGUUAAUUUGGAACUCACGUAGAUGUUUUAAGUGCAUUCAUCAGCAUGUGCAGGUCAUCAACGACAUCAACAGACAUUUCUUUUCUCGACCUCUUCGACACCAGGCAUCACGCGAGAUGAAGUUCUGAUCUUCUUAGAGGAGGAGUUGAAGAUUACCCGCGACUCCGACCGUAUAUGCCGGAGCUUUUUGCGGCGUGCUGGCGAUGGCGAGAAGAGCGAAGAGAAGUGUCGGCAUAUAGGCGUCGGCUUAGAAGAAUUCCUUCAUUUUGUCGUGAAAAUACUGGAGAGCAACGAAAAGAUGGAUGCGAAUCGACCGAAGCUUCAAGCAGAGGAGGAGAUCUGUAAGACCCUGGCUGCUGGCUCUUUGCUUGGGAACCGGCCUGGCGGAUUCUUCUCCGGCUUCGGAGCACUAAGCGUGCCUCAAGGCGAAGUUUCCGAUUCAGCUGCCGCGACAUCGACCGAAGCUGCAUCCGGUGGGAUGGGAAACUCAGUUUUCUCAAGUACUUCUAGUUCAGGUGAUGGUGGAUCGAGGACGUUUGCUUCAGCUUCAGCCGAACCUGUCUCCCUAGAUUUAGAUACGUUACAGCUUGAGAGGUCGCGUCUGAUCGAGAUGGUAGAUUCUUUCGAAGGCCGACGACUGACACCUGCGCAAGAGAGGCAACAUAGGCAGCAACGCACUGAGUUACGCAAGAUCGAAGAAGAGAUUGCGGCGAGGGAAAGAUGAUCGCUUUGCGAGCUAAACUUCCUACUUCUACGCAAAUUUUCAGCACCUGUUAUUUGCAUUGGGUGGCAGCCAUUGUCAUACCACACUCUGAACAUCUCCAAUUGUGUCGUCCCGUUAUUAUCGUUCCUCACCUUCUUCUUGUUUUUGUCAUCUACGCACGCACAGAAGUAUUUUAACGGUAGACCUCCAUACGCUUAUUUCAAAUUUCGUAGUCACAUCAGUUUUUCUGAGAGUCGACUAUGAACAGCCAUAGAUUUUUGUAU